UCGAUGCUUUUUUUUUGUUUGUUGAUCGGUGAGUGUGUGUUUGGGUUAAGUCUGAAUUUAUUUUGUUUCGUUUUUCAAGAUUUGCUUGUUAGAUUUUUUCAUUUUCUUUUUAAAAAUUGUGUAUCAACAAAAUGGCCAAUCGAUUAUCACCAUAUUUUGGUAAUUAUCCGGCUGAAUAUAAUCGUGCCGUUCAUGGUACAUAUCAUCCGGGUCGUUAUUAUGGUCCACGCGAUACACCAUUAUCCGAGGUUAAAGUUAACGAAUUAGUCGGAUGGUUGAAUCGUCGAAAUGUUCAUCCAUUUGCAAUGUGGCAAGCAAUGGGUCGUGCUUAUUAUCGUUUUACACAUCGUUUUGUUGAACCUAAAUAUGCAUCACCAAUUCGUUUCUUUUUUCAAGUGGUUGCAAUGUCAUCAAUAUUUUUCUAUAUGGCAAAUUAUCCAAAAAAUAUACGCCAUCAUAAACAGGCUAAAUAUCAUUGGUAAAAAACAAAAUUCUAAAUUCUUGGCCUAUUAUAGAAAAACUAAAUCAAUCAAACAAAUGUCAUAGAUGAUAAUUACUAAAAGAGUAAAAAAAUUCAAUAAUAAAAAAAUUUUUAUUCCAAAAUGAAAA